AUGGGAACGAUGCGUCGUUCUUAUAACGAUCCUCCGUACCCCACAACCUUGCCAGUGCAAUCACUGUCGCCGAAUCAGUCUGUCGUUCAUGAUUUAUUUGAUUUUACUGAUUUUGCUACCUUACUUCUCCUUUUCGAUUUGAGGACAGAUUUAUGGCAUUCAUUACAUCGCGCCGUAACAUCAACGGACGCAAGGCAAGAAGCAGUUCGAGUGGAUGAACAAACAAUGAUGAUCGAGACAGCAGUGGCCACGAGACGUCGAGUUGCGAUCGAUUGCACGUGUUCACGAGCAGGAGCAGCAACAAGAAGUGCAGCACCACAGUCAACACCAAACGACACUAAAUCCGAACUGAUCCUAUCUCAGUCCCCGUUGAAUAUCUACUCGUCAUACACUUAUCCAUCCACUAAACUUCGCAAUCCACUCGGCUUAAAGUUGCUCAUCACAAAUUCAAACCACAGCAGCCAUCCUUUCAGCGACAGUGACAACACUCAUAGUGAUGUGAACAAUGAAAAUAACGGUUUCAACUCACCGUCACCGUGUUCCCCGAGUGGUCAUUCAAUUCCAUCAUCAAGAGACUCAACUUGCGAUUCGGGUUUUUCUUCAGAUGACAACUCAGUGAACAGAAAACCAUCCAAAAAACUUCAAGCAGUUGAAGAGUGUCAUUCGUUAUCAGUGGUGCAUACACUGAUUCCAGUGCUUUUGUCCACAUAUAUUCGAUCACGUCACUUCAGCUCACGUACCAAAUCUCUUCGGUCAGCACUUCGCACACCGACCAGUUCAGGACCCCAGAAGACAGUUCGCUUUGCCGAUGCACUUGGACUCGACCUUGAACAUAAGACCGUUUAUGAUGCAGACGACUGGAUUGAUGACGAAUUGAUGUUCAGUUUCUCGAUGUUCGCAUUUAAUCCGCAUGAAUCGUCGAAGCAGCGUAAACAUUCGCCUUCCACCACAGUGUCACUCAUUAUCAACAAUUGGUCAAUCAGAUCAGAAGCUGAAGUGAGUCAUCUAACGAGAACGCAGUGUGUUUGUCUAAAAUCAGUUGAUGUGAUCGACACUAAUCUUACCGGUAUCGUUGAUGUUCUCAACCUGGCACCUGAAAAACAGGUGUGCAUUCGUUACACUCUCGAUGACUGGUCGUCAUACUUAGAAAUACACGCCAUCUAUAUGCAGUCGAUCGGCAAUGAUGGUGCUGUUGAUGCCUUCUCAUUCUUCGUCUCAUUUCCCGCAAAUUUGCCUGUGGGUACCAAAUGUCAAUUUUGUAUUCGUUACACAGUGAACGGAACAUCCCAUUGGGAUAGUAAUUGUGGAGCAAACUACACACUUGAGUAUGUAGAGCGUUCAGCGGAUGAUUCAUCAUACUCACCAAACAAUCGCAAUAGCAACAUUCGUCACAGAGCUGUUAUCAAAUCAAAACAAGAUCUACUGAAGCCUAACACAACCACUCCCAACCACCAACCAUCAUCAUACACUCUCAGCAAAUCAAAAGCAACCUAUAAGCUCAACGGUUUCAAUACAAAUCAUCAAUUCGAUUACUUACCCAAUCUACAACAAAUCGUCCGUCCAUCCAAAUAUAUUGGUUGGGCACGUUCCGGUUAUUCAUACGAUGAUGAUGGGUUUUAUUGA